AGAUGAGCCAAGGGGGGCGGUUCACAUCAGCGUCCGCCAGCACCGGACGCUGGUCCCGCCCAGCUCAAGCUCCGGCUCCGGCUCCGGCUGAGCUCAUCUAGCAGUGGAAAAACAUGGCGUCCGUGGUGUGUCGUUUUUCCCGGCUCUCGAGGCUCCGCAACGCCGCGGUCCUGACACGCAGUGCCGGACCGAAACGGCCGGAUGCACCGCAGUGCCGAAACGCUGUGGCAACCUCAACAGGGGCCAUUCUGCCCAAGCCUGUCAAGAUCUCCUUUGGCCUGAUUAGGAUAACUGUGGUCGUGGUGCCCUUCUUGUAUGUGGGUACUCUCAUUAGCAAGAACUUUGCCGCUUUACUAGAGGAGCAUGACAUUUUCGUUCCCGAGGACGACGAUGACGACGACUAAUUUGACACCGUGUGCAGCACUAAAGCUUGCAAAGAGAGAAACCACUGGAAAGUGACUGAGUAGACUGCUGCAUCACCUGUAUCUGGAUAAUCAGCAUCACCUGUCCUUCAACUUCCACAGCGUGCUUCCUCUAUUUAAUUAUGACUCACCAGAGAAAGAGAUGGACAAGAAAUGUGGUGCCAUUCUUUCUGGCUUCUACUAUUUGCAUGAACAGAACGACCAAAGAACUUAAUCAAAAUGGCUUUGGCCACUACUGGAAUUGUGAACCAGUCAGGUGAAUGUUCUGAGUGAGGAACAAUUGUUUAGUAGCUGAUAUCACAAGAUGGUUUCUGUUCAUACUCGCAUAUUCAAAGCUUGUAAUAUCAUUCUUGGCUAUAUCACAUGCUGUUUAUACUAUCUGAUUACAAAUAAAGAUUACACUGUGAUUCUAA